AUGGCUUCAGAAAUUUAUAGAUUAUCACAAAGUAACAAUGUGAGAAACUCAAGGCCAUACUAUCAAGGUCAUACUGUUAAACUAAAACAAGAGAAAACUGUUAACCAUGAAAAUAACUUAAAUAACUAUGUUGAUAAUGGAACUGAAACAAGCAAUAUACAUACAAAGAGUAUACAAACAAGAGACACCAAUUGCCCAGCAACAUUAAAAAUCCAGCUACUUAAAAGAGAUGACUCUUAUCCAUACAUUGUUCACUUACUUUUUAAUCAUAAUUAUCCAUUUAAGUCAAGUUAUGUCACAAGUUUUCACCCAGUAUCAGAAGAAACAAAAAAAGCAAUUUUUAAGCUCUUUGAUAUAGGUUACAGUCCUAAUAGCAUGUAUCAUACUUAUUGGAAAGAAAUGCAACUAAAAUAUGAAAAUAAUGAAGAAAUGUUAGCUGACAGAAUGCUAUUUCCUCAUAAAAAUAAUAUUAAAUACCUUUAUAAAAAAUAUCAUAAUAAGCAUAUGGGUGCUCAAAAUAGAAGCCAAAAUAACUCCAAACAACCCUUUAUUCUUGUUAUUAUAAUGAAUCUUAUGAAAUGUUGUCAUAAAUUGCAAAAAUCAGAAGAAUUAGUAUACAUAGAUACAACAGCUAGGCUUGAUGUUUUAAAUACUCCUCUGACGAUUCUUUCUACUAGUACAUCUGCUGAUGGUCUACCACAUGCUGCAAUUCUUACAUCCAAUGAAACAGCAGAAACUUUUACAAAAGCAUUAAGUAUAGUAAAGCAUAUGGUUCCAUCAAUAGCAUUUGGUAGAUGA